GCGGCCUGACUGGAAUGAGGGUGGCCGCGGCGGGAGCGGGGCCGGCCAUGGCGGUGUGGACGCGCGCCACCAAAGCGGGGCUGGUCGAGCUGCUGCUGCGGGAGCGCUGGGUCCGGGUGGUGGCCGAGCUGAGCGGCGAGAGCCUGAGCCUGACGGGCGACGCGGCGGCGGCCGACCCCGAGCCGGCGCUGGGGCCGGCGGCCGCCGCCUUCAACGGCCUCCCGAACGGCGGCGGCGCGGGCGACUCGCUGCCCGGCAGCCCGAGCCGCGGCCUGGGCCCCCCGAGCCCGCCGGCGCCGCCGCGGGGCGCGACGGGCGAGGCGGGCGCGUCACCGCCGGUGCGCCGGGUGCGGGUGGUGAAGCAGGAGGCGGGCGGCCUGGGCAUCAGCAUCAAGGGCGGCCGCGAGAACCGGAUGCCGAUCCUCAUCUCCAAGAUCUUCCCGGGGCUGGCGGCCGACCAGAGCCGCGCGCUGCGGCUGGGCGACGCCAUCCUGUCGGUGAACGGCACCGACCUGCGCCAGGCCACCCACGACCAGGCCGUGCAGGCGCUGAAGCGCGCGGGCAAGGAGGUGCUGCUGGAGGUCAAGUUCAUCCGAGAAGUCACUCCAUAUAUCAAGAAGCCAUCAUUAGUAUCAGAUCUGCCAUGGGAAGGUGCAGCUCCCCAGUCACCAAGCUUUAGUGGCAGUGAAGACUCUGGUUCUCCAAAACACCAGAAUAGCACCAAGGACAGGAAGGUCAUCCCUCUCAAAAUGUGUUUUGCUGCUAGAAACCUAAGCAUGCCGGAUCUGGAAAACAGAUUGAUAGAACUACAUUCUCCUGAUAGCAGGAACACACUGAUUCUACGCUGCAAGGACACAGCCACAGCACACUCCUGGUUCGUAGCUAUCCACACCAACAUAAUGGCUCUCCUCCCACAGGUGUUGGCUGAACUUAAUGCCAUGCUUGGUGCAACCAGUACAGCAGGAGGCAGCAAGGAGGUCAAGCACAUUGCCUGGCUGGCAGAACAGGCAAAACUAGAUGGUGGAAGACAACAGUGGAGACCAGUGCUCAUGGCUGUGACUGAGAAGGAUUUGCUCCUUUAUGACUGUAUGCCAUGGACAAGAGAUGCCUGGGCAUCACCAUGUCAUAGUUACCCUCUUGUUGCCACAAGGUUGGUUCAUUCUGGUUCUGGAUGUCGCUCACCCUCCCUUGGAUCUGACCUCACGUUUGCUACCCGGACAGGCUCUCGGCAGGGCAUUGAGAUGCAUCUUUUCAGGGUAGAGACUCAUCGAGAUCUGUCGACCUGGACCAGGAUACUUGUGCAGGGUUGCCAUGCUGCUGCUGAGCUGAUCAAGGAAGUCUCUCUAGGCUGCACAUUAAAUGGGCAGGAAGUAAGACUCACUGUCCACUAUGAAAAUGGGUUCAGUAUCUCCAGGGAAAAUGGAGGUUCUGGCAGCAUGUUGUAUCGCUAUCCCUUUGAAAGGCUGAAAAUGUCUGCUGAUGACGGCAUCAGAAAUCUGUAUCUGGAUUUUGGUGGGCCUGAGGGAGAACUGACCAUGGACCUGCACUCUUGUCCGAAGCCAAUUGUAUUUGUGUUGCACACGUUCUUGUCAGCCAAAGUCACUCGCAUGGGACUGCUAGUAUGAGCAGCAGAAAGUCUUAAAAUAGCCUUCAAUGUCCCAAGAAGUAUUUCCACCUCAAAAAACCCCACAAAAAACAAAAACAAAACAAAAAGCACAAAAAGAAAGCUCUUUGCUCUUCUCCAGCACAGUGCCUUGACCAGGACCUGCGAAUCACUGCUGAACCAUAACCAUGUUUAAAGAAGAGCUGACCUUUCACAAGCUACCUUGACCAGAAAUUCUAGGACUCUAAUAAGCUCCCAAAUGAAGUUAUCGACUUAUUGUCUAGUUUCCUAAUGUGGUUUAUAAGUAAUUAGGUGUAUUUCCCCUUUUAAGAAGGGUGGCUCAUUGUUCUUCUUUUUGGACAUAAUCAAAUAUCCAAGAGUUGUUUUCUUUUCCUCCCUGUAGAAAUUUGUUUCAGGCUUAGCCUCAGUUUCUUGCUUAGGAUGACUAUGUUCCCAGGUGCUAAUUCACAGCAGUCCUUGCUUCUUGGUCUUUCCAUAUAGGUCCUACAUUUUGUUGGAGUUUAUUUUUCACACUUGCUACUUCCACCCUGGGAAGUCCUUGAAUUUUGUCACCAAAGCAUUCUUCCAUCUGCCUUGGCUCCAGCUACAUCCCUCCCUGGCCACUGCUUCCCAUGACAUCACAAGCUUUGCCACUCAUAAGUGCUAACUUCAGGACUUAGAACUUGCAACAUUUGAUUUGCCUUGCUUUCCAUUCCCUUUCUAGUGGUGACCAAGUUGGAAACCACUGCUUUGAAAGAAAAGCUUUGCUUGUUUUAGGUUUUUCUGAUUUUUAUCUUUGGUAAGAUCCAGAAAAUGUUACAGGAUUAUUUUUAAAAGAAAAUCCACAUUGUAGCCUAAGCCAUUUUUUAUUGUGUACCAAAUGUGCCUUUGGUUAGGAUCAGUGGAGCUUUCUUAGUCACUAUUUGAAUAACUGGAUAUAACUGCCGUACCAGGGAGAUAAUCUAUCCUAGUUUUAAGGGAUAGUCUUUGAGGUGGGUUUCCUUAAAGGUUUCUUUUCUAGUGGGCAGAUCUCUUUGAGGGCAAUAAAACCUGGAGAGACAGGUUGUUUAAAAAGCAGACUUCGUGAAUGAAGCCAACUCUUCAGCACAGACAUCAUCCAUGAUCCUGGCACUGACCCUCUCCUUUUGGGGCAGCACAGUGGCACGGACAAGCAGCUGCUAAUUCAAGCAUCGGUGUUUGCUUAAUAAUACAUCCUUCGAUGGGCAGAGUGAUGGGACCAUAAAAAGUUACCUGGGUUUUGCUAAGCAUUGCUAAUGUCAUCAUUAGGAACAAGUAGCAGUAAUGGUUGAUUUUGUGGUGUUACAGAAUCAUAUUCAGCUUGUUUUUCCUAAUUAUGAAGGAGGUAUAUAUCUGAAAAUGUUGGAAGUAGUGUAAUAGCUUUAUAAAAUGUCAAGUUUAGUACAGUCCUUAAAUCUGAAAAAAAGGUGAUGUUGCCUUAGAUCUUUUCUAUAUUCUCUGAAAAAUCUAAGACUAGUUCUCACUAGGGUUAUCAAGAGUGUUACAAGAGGAUGUAACACUGGAAGGCAGAGAACAGUGGCACUCCAAAUAGGAGGGAAACGCAACUGUUGGUGCAAAACAUGAGCUAUUUGGUUGGGGUGCAGAGACUGAAAAAUCAUAAACCCAUGAGAAAGAGAAUUCUGGUUAGAUAUUGAAAUCCCACUGUCUAACCUCUGCCCAUAAGUCAGUGUUCCUUCCCCACGUACAGUAGGAUUAACCAUGUGCAGAGGGUGGGGAGACAUGGCUAUUCUCUCCCCAGAUCAAGUUCCCAGAAUGAAUGAUAUGAUUCACUUAAAACUGGAAGUUGAAGUCUAAACUAGAUGUGUCUUUCAAGACCUUUUUAUAUUUAAAAAGUUCAUAAACCUAAGUUUAGGUCCAUCUGGGAUAAGUCUGCAAGUCAGGCAAGAAAAAAAAAAAUCUUGACGGUCCAGCUGUGAUUUCUGGAAGCAGAAUUUCAGCACAUAAUACCCUCAGAUAGGGGAGUUUAGACACAGUGAGUGUUACUAAUCUGAGAUGAUGAAUGAUGCAUUCCUGUCUCAUAUAGAGACUAAGCCAUGUGAUCACACUUUUUUGUCUUUAUCUGAAAAGCUCCCACCUGAGAUAAUUUUCAGGGGGAACUUAUAAGCCUCCUACUCAUUAGUUAUAUGAAAAAGAUCUGUAGAAAAGGUGUGAUUAAAAUAUGAGCAGUAGAGGAAAGGUGUGUGUGUAUUUGGGCUCAUUUCACUCAAGUUUUAAUGGCCAUGUCUAGCACCAAGGUCCAUAGAGUUUCUAAUAUCUUCUGUAUCUUGAUGUGAAAUGAAAGUGUAUGCAGGUUUAUUUGACCACUAGCACCCCCAAGAGCAAGAGCCCUUAAGCUGCUUAUUUAACAACUUCAACAGUAUUCCAAUCAUGGGCAACCAGGUUGUUCUUUGUAAAUGUGUUUAGGGGGUGGGGUGGGAUUUUCAAACCACAAUUGCAGUGAUUUACGAAUGGGACAACCUUGGAUAUGUAUUUUGUACUUAGAUGCCAAAAUAUGGCAAAUUAUUUUCAAAUAACUAGAAGUGGGCAUUUUCUAUAUUUCACGUGUUUUCUAGAACAGCUGACUUUUCAUUUCUUUUUCAUUUUGAAUCAGGAAAAUUGUCAAGGAUGUUGUAGGCUUCCACGUGUAGAAUGAAAAGGAAACUACAGAGUAGUACCCCCCUCAUUCCGAUGGACUACUUCCUGUGCCCCCUAAGACCUGGGGCUUAGAAAUCUUCUCCAUAUUCCACACAGAAGCCUAUAAGCAGCCAAAUGGUGUGUGAAAAUUCUUCUUCCUCUUUCUCUAAAAUGUCUUCCCUUUCUGUCCCCCGCCUCCCAAAAAGAGGAAAGGAAUGGAGCAAAAGAAACAGGCUCAUUUAUGUUAUUCUUUUUGUGAAAAAGGUAAGUCCUUUCCUUAAGUCAUCAAAUGAAUCUUACCUGGAAACUAGUUACCUAAUAUUUUAUAUGAAGAAAUGCAUUAAUGUAUGUCUAUACAGUAUUUAUUAGAUAGUUGUAACCAUAAACUCACCUACUUAGUAGACAAGACUUUCAGUUUAAGUACUGGGCAUGUACAAGCAAUCAAAAAUAUUGCUUUAAGCGUCAUUCACCCAUUUUAAAGCCAUGUUUUUAGCACUUUUUAGGCUUGAUAAAGUCUGAUAGUGCCUGUUUUUACAUCUGUACUCCUACAAACUUUGUUACUGAAAAUUAUUGCAUGGCAGGAGAGAUUAAAUUAUUUAUUUCUUAUAUUUUUAUAAAUGAAAAAAUCUCUCUAACCAACAUGAUUACACUGAUUAUUGAUUAUUAGUUUUCUUAACUUAUCCUUCUAAGCAGAAUGGUAAUAAAGCUUUUUUUCAGUCGAUUAAAUGCACUUAUUAGCUAAUAAACCAAAACUUAUUCUUUAAAAAAAAUUUGAGCUGUGUGGAAUCUGGACAAGAUUAGGUUUCUCCCAGAAAAACAGGUUUCACUGUAAAUGGUUUUGAUGAACAAAAGUAUGACCACUUUUGAGAAAAGAUUAUGAUGGAAUUUUUAUUAAUUUUAUGAGAACUUCCAGGUCUUCUUGUUUAAUUUAUAUGCAUGUGGAUAUAUUUGUAUAUCUUCAAAAACAUGAAAGACUCUAUCCAUAUUUUUUUAAUGCAAAUUAUCUUGUAAGCUGCUAUGCAAAUUCUAUGAAAAGCCCUACCUACAUAAAGAGUUACACAUUUUUGAAGCUUUCAGGGAAGACCUGUAGACUUAAGCACUUUCUCUGCUAUUUUGUAUCUUAUCUUGGACACUUAAGCUGAAUUAUGUUCUUAUUAUUUUCACUGGUUAUAAGCUAUUGAUUGUACAUAAUAUUUAAACUAUCCAAAUAUCCAGCAUACAUUUCCAUGUUGCUACCACCCAUUAUUAAUGCCAUGAAUAUGAAUGAAAUGGCUGGUUGGAAGCCAAAGGUUCUCUAUUUUCAAUCCAUAAUGAAGAAAUAAAAUACAAGAUCUCUUUGGUCUUAAAGCAUAUUGAUUUGGUCAAAUCUGAAUAUCUGAAAAAAAAUCUGAAUAUCUAUGUAAGGAAAAGAGACUUAUUUAUGUUUGAAUUCUGCUUAAACUUUAGGUUGAAUUUGACUGUAGUCAUCAUCAUUCUUUUUUAUUUAUCUCUCCCAGAUAUAUUACGUGCCAGGUGGUAUUAUAUUCUGCCUUGAGUUGGAAAAUCUCAGUUAAAUUUGAAUUAUUACAGUAGCUUUUUUCCCUUCCUCAAGAUGAAAGCAGAGCAAUCUGCCAUUUUCUAUACUCUGUGUGUCCCUAUUUUAAUUGCUUGGUAAACUAGAAUUAUUUUGACUCUCUACAUACUGUCUUUGAAACAGCUCCAGUCUUCCUUCUUCCUCCUUUUUUUAAAGCAUAUCUUUCACUUGUGAAAGUAUGCUGGGUACACAGAUAACUCAGUAAAUGUGUAAUGAUAGGCACUUCUGAAAUACGUAUGCCAUAUACUAGGAUCAUGCAUUUCUGAGCAACAUAACUAUACCUGUGGUGUAAUGAUUUUAAGUGAAAUUUAUUUUACACUGGUAAUAGGCUUCUUUAAGUGACUGAUUUAAAACCGUUUCUCGAAGAAACAUCUGGCAGAUCAACAAUACAGGUUCAUCUUUUGAAAAGAUAGAAUUUCAAAUUAAAAUAAGGUACAAUAAAUAGGCACAUGGAGCCCAUCUGUUUUCUAGUCUCUUAGACAGUCGUUGUUAAAGUGCCAACUGGAAGAAUGGUUGUCCUGGAUUAACUCGCAAACAUAUUUUAACAAGAUUUCAUUUCAGAAGUGAUAAAAUUAAGCUUAAUCUUUUGCCACCUCAUUCUUCCUUCCCACUUCAGAUGACUUGGACCAAAGCAUAUUCUAGUUUUAAAAGUGGAUCUACAUAAAUAGGCCAUUUGCAAAUGAUUGCUUGUUCUACAAUGAAGAUUUGAUUAUGUUCAGCAAAAAUCUACUGUAUUAACUAUCAUCUUUGAAUUGCCCCAGAGCAGAGGGGUUGAAACUGAAAGUGAGAGAAUGAUACUUCAUUAUAUUGUGAGAACCCUGGUAGGUCUCUAACUUCUGAGUUCUCUAAGAACCUUAUUUGGUUUUGUAGUCAUCUUACCUCCAUGUAAUGACACCAAUGCUUCCAAAGCAGUAGAACUCUCUGAAGAAUAGGCAAAGGUUCUUUGGGGACCUGGGGAUAUAUGAAACUGCAAAGCUAAUUAAUGAUAUGUUAAUUCAUGUAUUCUUUCAUUUAAUCACCAUUUAUUAAUGUACAGGCAAUCUGAAAGGUUCAGAAGAAAGUUCCUGCCCUCAAGUAGCACACAGCCCAUUCUUUACCAAUCAUACCAUGCCAUCCAUCUAUUUAUCUACUGGUGGUGAAGUAAUUAACCACUUCACAUUUUUACCAAAGUACAUCUGCAGUUCUGUUCAUCCAACAAACUGGAAAAUAUUUAAAAGGAUGCUCAUUCUUUGGACUGUGCCAAUAUGAAAGAACUCCAACUAUGUUUAAGUAGGUUGGUCUUUUCAUCAUGCCUACUUCUUCUGAUGCAAAAUUAGACUUUUCUUUGGGGAGGUGAACAUGUCCUAGGUAAGAUAAAUCAUAGCAACAAUGACAAAAAUUAAGCUGUGUUGCUCAAAGUGGAUCAAUGGGAAAGUCUUUUUAAAGAAAUACCUCAUAACUGUAAACAGCAAAGCUAAAUGUGUAUUUCAUCUCCCCCCUAUUUUUAAAUUGUGUUGACUCAAUUAUUUCCACACUGACACCCUUUGAACAUCUCAUUUGUUGAAAGUCCUUACAAUGGUACACAGAGUGUUUCUCUAUUUUGUUUGCUCAAAAUGAAAAUAUUUUAAACUCAGCAGAAUUCCGCUGCUUCUAAAACACUCUGGCAUUCGAACCCAGUAAAUAGAGCACCUAAAGAAGGUAAGAGGGGAUGACUGAAUUUUCCCCCAGUUUUCAUAGAGUAACAGUCCUUUUAUGUCCAGUUUGCCUUCCAUUAAUCAUGAGGGUAAACUUUUCAGGCAACUUACUGUAUUGUGCCUCAAAAGUCCCCUAGCUACAUAUGAGUGGAAUAACAUGUGGCGCAUAAUCACAGGGCUCCUCCCCUUUGUUUUCAGGUGUCCUGGAACUUGGCACACCAAUAAGGUCAUACACUCAGUGUCUUGGUCUUUACUGUAAACCUUCCCUUUGACAAUCUGGUGCUAAUGGUGAUAUAUUAUUGGAACCAGCACAUAAGUACUGUCUAGUGUCUGUUCUUCUAGAUUGGAAAAAGCGCUUUCCUUCUAUCUCAGUCCUGUUCAAGUGAGUGUCAGUUACAUUUUCUCAUGGUUUGUGAGUUAAUAGAAUUGAGGGAGAGGAAAUGAUUUAAAGUAAGUUUGGGGCUUGGCACAGUCAUCCACAUCAGUGAUAUCCUUUAUACCUUAGAGCAAGUCAUAACAACCAGUUUCUGACUUGCUUACUCCAGUAUGUUUAUAAUCUGUUGGAUCAUUAUGUUGGUCAGCAUAAGACCUUGACACCCAAAAAAUCUGUUUCCUUUUUGGUUCCAUACCAAAGGUCUUUUAGAAGAUGUUGUGGCAAACUACUACCUGGGAAGGCUUAUUUUUUGGCUAAUCUCUACAAACCCUGAUGAUAGCCACUUGUAUAUGUUCUUUCCCGAACAGGUUUCAAUUUUUGUUAAGUAUUAAGACUUAGAAAGCUAGAAUAAUACUUUUACAAAGAACUAAAAGUUUGUGAGAUUCUGCUUUUCUCUUCUUUUUAGAACCUUAUAUUUACACAAGACUUCAAGUAUUGUUUUAAAUGUAAAUCUCAAAUCUGGCGUCACCAGACCACCAAAUCAAAACCUACGGCGUAAAACAGGGCAGUAUUUGUUUGUGUUCUUAAUAUAAAAGCUUUAUGUGUACUCUAUAAAUAUGCAUAGACAACACUUCCCCUUGAGUUGCAUGUCAACAUAUAACAUUGUACAUUACAAUGAAAAUUUGUAACUUGAGGGUAUUAUAUAUAUAUAUAUAUAUGAAUACAUAUAUACCUUUGUAACCUUUAUACUGUAAAUUAAAAAAAAUGGCUUUUAGACUUGUAUUUUUUUCUUUUUUUAAUGUUAAAAUAGUUUCAAGCUUAUAGGAAAGUUUAAAGAACAGUACAAAGAACUACAUCCCCUUCACCCAAAUUUCUUGAUUGUUAACAUUUUACUAUUCCAUUGCCCUCUUGUUUUUCUACCAUGCUCUGUCUCCCUUAAAUUCUCUGGUGUGAUGGCGUGCAGACUUCUCCUGCCGCCCGC